AUGAUUUACUCCUUCUACAUCUACACGCGUAGCGGAUCGUGUUUGUACCAGGAGAAGUGGAAUGUGGCCGGGGGUAAGAGCGUGACGUAUGCAGAUCCGGACGAGGAAAAGCGUCUUUUAUUUGGUCUUUUGUUCUCGCUCAAGGAAUUUGUCGGAAAGAUCACGCCUGCGUCUUCUUUGACUUCUACGACUGCGGACCCAUUUGGCACAGCAGAACCUGCUACAGCAGCGGCAACCGAAGGAAUGCAGAGAUAUCAGACCAACACGUACACGUGUCACCAUUAUGAGACGCUCAGUGGUCUACGGUUUGUGAUGAUGACGGACAAUCAAGCGGGGGACAUGACCCCUACACUCAAGUAUAUUUACGGGCAGAUUUAUGUGGAGACAGUGGCCAGGAACCCACUGAGUGACACCAAGAGCGGUAAACCAAUCGCUAGUCAACUCUUCCGGGCACAACUUGCACAAUAUCUUGAGAGUCAGCCGUGCUUUAGGUAA